UUUAGUUCCAUCUAUUAGAAACUGGUCUUAUUUCGAGUAUGGAGUAUUAGCUAAGAAAAGGUGCAAUAGGCUAGCMUAUUGUAGCCAGUGAUUCUAGCUGACUAAACUCAACUGCAUGGCGAAGGAAGUAGUUCUAGACCAGUGACUGAGACGGUCCAGGUACACAUGGCAGUGGCAGGUAAAAAUGACUUUGCAGUUCUCAACACCGGGCGGAAAAUGCCUCUCCUCGGGCUAGGAACAUGGAAGAGCGAACCUGGCAAGGUGAAACAGGCAGUGGUGUGGGCUUUGCAGGCUGGCUACCGUCACAUCGACUGUGCUGCCAUCUAUGGCAACGAGGUGGAGAUUGGCGAGGCUCUGCAGGAGACGCUUGGCCCUGACAAAGCCCUGAGGCGAGAGGAUGUGUUUAUCACCUCUAAGCUGUGGAACACACAGCAUCACCCAGAGGAUGUUGAGCCCGCUCUGCUUAAGACACUGAAGGAGCUGAGGCUGGAGUACCUGGAUCUCUACCUCAUCCACUGGCCCUACGCUUUCCAACAAGGUGACGCUCCUUUCCCUAAGUCAGAGGACGGCACCCUGCUGUAUGACGACAUCGACUACAAGCUGACUUGGGCUGCCAUGGAGAAGCUGGUGGGGAAGGGCAUGAUCAGGGCUAUCGGCCUGUCCAACUUCAACAGCAGACAGAUAGACGACGUGCUGUCUGUAGCCAACAUCAAACCCACUGUGCUUCAGGUGGAAGGCCAUCCGUAUCUGGCUCAGGUGGAGUUGCUGCAACACUGCCGGGACAGGGGCCUGGUGAUGACAGCGUACAGCCCACUGGGGUCACCGGAUCGGGCAUGGAAGCAUCCUGACGAGCCCGUCCUCCUGGAUGAACCAGCCAUCGGCACCCUGGCCAAGAAGUACAACAAGUCCCCAGCACAAAUUAUCAUUAGAUGGCAGACGCAGCGAGGAGUGGUGACGAUCCCUAAAAGUGUGACAGAGGCUCGGAUCAAAGAGAAUAUCCAGGUGUUUGACUUUACCCUUGAAGCAGAAGAGAUGAAGUGUAUAACAGCAUUGAACAAAGGCUGGCGCUACAUUGUACCAACCAUCACAGUUGAUGGGAAGCCCGUCCCCAGGGAUGCAGGACAUCCACACUACCCUUUCAUUGACCCAUACUGAGUAAAUCCCUAACUGCUGCCCACUUGUGCCUUGGGAACCCCCUCUCCUUCCUCAACCCCAUCCUAGGCUGUGUCCCAAUUCAAUUAAAUGGCUUCCUUUCGUCAUAAUCCUCCUGCGUGACAACUGAUUUGAAGUAUUUUUUUUAGGGGAAAGAAGGUUGGUAGAAAGUCCWACUCCUGUCAGAUCAGUUGUCAUGGUGGCGGGGAAAGAGUGCUUUAGAGUGUAUUAGGACAUAGCAUCUGUGUUCUUCGUAAUAAAAAUGUUUUGUUACUGCCCUUGAA